GAAGAGAAAAAAGGCGCUGGUUUGGAUGGACGGGCAAAUAUUUUGGGUCUUUCUUCUCUAGGGGUUUCUUGGAUUGCGAUGCCAUGGCGCUAGAUCGAUGCGCCAAUUCCUGGCAAGGGAAUGCGAUUGCGUCGUCGGUAAGCGAUGGACGCCGCUAGCAGGAGAUGGAUUCUUUUCGCGGCCGUUUUGAGAGAUCCGGGCGAUCGGCGGCUGUCUUUGGGAUGAAUCAAUCCGGAAUACGUGCCCUGGAUUGGAGCUGGAGCGUCUUCUACGGAAGAUUGUAGAGGUGGUGGUGUCUUUGCUUCCGGGACUCGUCUGGUGGCCCGGCCAAAUGAUUCGUGACAGGGACUAGAGCAGGGAGUUCUUACAGGAGUAGCUUGUGGUUCAAGGGAAUGGAUCAUCAUCGAGAAGAAUUCCUGGUGACCAGCAUUUUAAUUCUCUAAAGGUAUCGGAACAGGAAUGUAGCUCCAUCAUCUGGACUAGAGGAGUUUCCUUUUUUUUAUUGGGCUAGCGCCUCUCAAAUCGUCCUAUGGAGCCGCAUUCUUCGACAGCCGUGACGACGCUCUCAUUCGAGGAUCAUAAUGCCAGCGUUGUUAGCUCCGCGGACAGUACCGAUUUUGCUACGUGUGAUGCAUCGGCCGUGGCGAGCUCGAGGCUGAGUGAAGUUCAUGGGGACUCUGGACGGGUUUCUAGCUCGGAUGGCUCAUCGCCAAUGCCGGUUUUGGCCUCGAGCAACGGGUCCGAGGGCCUGGCAGGCGAUGUGUGCACUCCCAAUGGCGAUGUGCCGAGUAACAAGCGGAUCGAGCAGCAUUCCGAAGCGGAGAUCAUGAAGGAGCGAUUUGCGCGGUUGCUAUUGGGAGAGGAUAUGUCUGGCGGUGCCAAGGGAGUUUCCACUGCAUUGGCGCUGUCAAAUGCCAUCACAAAUCUCUCUGCGUCGGUGUUUGGAAACUUGUGGAAGCUAGAACCUUUAGCCACGAGCCGGAGGAGAAUGUGGAAGAGAGAAAUGAAUUGGCUUGUCUCUGUGACAGACUACAUUGUUGAGCUCGUUCCAACCUGGCAAACAUUCCCAGACGGAAGCAGCGUUGAGAUCAUGGUUGCGAAUCCUCGUCCUGAUCUGCAAAUUAACUUGCCAGCUCUCCGCAAGCUGGACAUGAUGCUUCUGGAUUGCCUCGAGAGCUUUCAAACGCCAGAGUUCUGGUACGUUGAUCAGGAGCACAUGGUGUGCUGUAAAGACAAAGCUCCAAACAGACCCUCGGUGUCCAAGCAUGAAGGAAAGUGGUGGCUCCCAGUUCCGAAGGUGCCGCCCAGCGGGCUUUCCGACGAGGCGAAGAAGGCCCUGCUGCAUCAAAAAGAGAGCACAAGUCAAAUUUUUAAGGCAGCGAUGGCAAUAAAUAGCCAGAUCCUCUCUGAGAUGGAAGUCCCCGAUGCAUAUCUGGAAGCUCUUCCAAAGAAUGGCAAGGCUAUCCUGGGGGAUCUGUACCGGUAUCUUUCAUCGGAUGAGUUCUCCGCGGAUGCGGUUCUCGGUGUCCUCGAUGUCUCCAGCGAGCACAGCGCGGUAGAGCUUGCCAACCGGAUCGAGGCCGCGAUCCACGUCUGGCAGCACAAGCUCCAGAACAAGCAAACGCAACCGGCAUCCAAAGACAACAAGUUCAAUGCGAGGAACUCGUGGGUAAUGGUCAAAGAGUUCGUGGCGGACGCCGAGAAGAAGGAAGUGCUCGUGGACAGGGCCGAGGGAUUGCUCCAUAGCUUGCGGCAAAAGUUUCCGGGGCUACCUCAGACACUCUUGGACAUGCAAAAGAUCCAGUUCAACAAGGACGUUGGUCAAUCCAUCCUUGAAAGCUACUCCAGAGUGCUGGAGAGCCUGUCCUUCAACAUCACGGCUCGCAUUGACGGUGUGCUCAAUGCCGACGAGGUAGCGAGGAGCUCGUCGUUUACGACGACGUCCGACUCGAGCCAGGCCCUGGGAAGCCAAUCCACAGAUUCGCUCACAUUCCCCGUCAUCAAGGAUCCCUCCCGCAAAUCAGCUGGUCAGAAAACUCUCCUCGCGGACUUCAUCAAAGUGGAUCAGUUCACGAAGAGGAUCUACGCAGACGCUCCAGGCAACAACCAAGUGAAUCAAUGGCCAGCAUCGUGUCGCUUGGAGCAGAGUCCUCUUGGAAGAGACUGAGGUAGAAGAGACUCACAUAAACCUAUAGAACUUGUCUUCAUCUCUGGUGAUGGUGUUUCCAAAACUCCAUAGCCGAUUGUAUCCAAUCCAACGAGGGUAAUGUAAAAGGUUGGCCUUUUC